AUGAUAAGGACCGUAGAGACGCACAGGCGCGACGGUUGGAGAGCUUUACUCAGACCGUUGAAAACCUGUUCGACACGCGUUUUUGUGAGCAACAACUCUGCUGAGAUCGGCGUCGACGAGGACACUGGCCUUCCGUAUCUGAGGAAUCAGGAAGGAAUGGGUGAAGCCAACAUACCGGCGUCGACACAGAGUAUCAUUAGCAUCACGCCCGGGUCAGGCGGCAGCAGCUCGCACAAAUGA